UGCACUUCCUGGCGGAGGGCGACGACCCUCCCGUCAUCAUGAUUCCCGAGCCGCUGGACGACGACGAGCAGCUCGCGGCCGCCAAGCAGGCGGACAAGGCGGAGCGCAACUACAUGUGCGCCCAGUGCGACUUCGUGACGCAGAGCCCGCGCGCCUACCUGACGCACCUGCGCUGCGUGCACCACGAGCGCAUGCAGAUCUACGAGUGCCCGCACUGCACGUACGCCUCGCGGCACUCGCAGAAGAUGCAGCGCCACGUGUCCAUGGUGCACGACCCCGCCCGGCCAGAGCGCCGCCGUCCGGGGCCGCCGCCGCGGGACCGCGACGACUACUACGACGACUUCGUGGCCGAGAUGCACAAGCGGCAGGCCGCCAGGAUCGUCAAGAAGCGACAGCAGCAGCUCAUGCAGCAGGAGCACAACGUGGCCAUGGCUGCGCGAGCUGUGGCGGCAGCAGCGGCGGCCGCCGGCGGCGACCCGGGCACCAGCAGCAGACCUCGAAGGACGCCGCCGACGUGCACCGUCACGAGGAGCACGCUCGUGGACGGCUCUGACGAUGACGACGACGACAGACUCGUGAUCGAUCAACUGGACGACGAGGCCCCCGAGGACGGCGACGAUGACCACGAGGACGGCCAGGAGGGGGGCUCGACUCCGCCCUCCCGCCACAGCAGCGUCAUCACGAGCGUCGGCGUCGUCCGGGACAACAGCGACAACCCGGAGCUCGAGGCGAUGUCUCCGGCGUCGCGGCACCACGACGAGGAAGAGGACGAGUCGCAGUCGUACGCCACCUGGCCGCAGCAGGGCAACCGUAGGGGCGUCCGCAUGGAGAAGGACCCCGUCACGCACGCCUACAAGUGCUCGUCCUGCGACUUCACGUCGCGCGCGCCCUCGCUCGUCGCGCGCCACGAGAGCGUCGUGCACCUCAAGAAGCGCUUCUACCGCUGCAGCAAGUGCACGUACGUGACGCACAUCCGGGCGCGCUUCACCAAGCACUUCAAGUACCACACGAUGCCGCUCAUCAAGUGCGACGACUGCGACUUCCAGUCGCCGUACCGCUGGAACCUGGAGCGCCACGUCAAGAACCACGGCGGCAGCGGCCGCUACACGUGCCGCGCGUGCAACUUCUGCGCCGACAUCCGCCAGAGCCUGACGGUGCACGAGAUGAACCACCACGUGCCGCCCGUGGCGCACCCGGACGAGAUCCGCGCCCAGACCCGGCGGCGGCAGAACAGGGCGGCCGCGGCCGCGUCCGCCGCGGCGGCCAUCAAGGAGGAGGACAAG